AAGAGACAAGAAGAAAGAUUAUUCAUCAUAAAAUCUGGGUUUCUUCGUGAUCAAUCAUUUGGCAUUUGGCGAACAAAUUAAUAAAAAUCCUGCGAAAAUCGCAUCUACGUUCUUUCGCAAGGAUUAAAAAAACUCUCUGGGUUAAAUUAUCACUUUCGCAUCAACUUCCUAAAAUUAGAAUACAUCGUAUUCCUUUUUUGGUCACGAGUAUCACUCAUUGAUAACGAAAAAGUGUUACAGACUGCAGCUUAGUUCAGCUUUUUUUGGUACAUCAGCUUUAAAUUUGUCGAUUUAGAAAUGCAGAACCCUAAUGAAGAUACUGAAUGGAACGACAUCCUUCGAAGUAAAGGAAUUAUACCUCCUAAGGAGAAAGAAAUUACAGAAAAUGAUAUUGUUAAUCUUGUUGAAUCAACAAUAUCCCAGAAAAAUCAAAAUGAAAAAGAAAUGAAGGAUAUGACAUUAGAUGAAUUGGAUGAACUAGAAGAUGAAGAAGACGAAUUGGCUCUGUUAAAGUAUAGAAAUCAACGAAUCGCCGAAUUGAAAGCAUUGGCAGAAAAAGCGAAAUAUGGUAGUGUUGCAGAAAUAAGUGCUAUUGACUAUGUUGAACAAGUGAAUAAGGCAGGACCAGACGUGUAUGUUGUUUUACACUUGUAUAAACAAGGAAUACCAUUGUGCGCCUUAUUGAAUCAACAUUUGGCAGAAUUGGCAAUCAAAUUUCGAUCUACGAAAUUUUUGAAAAGUAUUUCAACGACAUGCAUCCCCAACUAUCCCGAUAAAAAUUUACCUACAAUCUUCGUAUAUUACGAAGGAAACAUGGUCAAACAAUUCAUCGGCCCAGAAGCGUUUUACGAAAAUAUCUCAGUUGAGGAACUGGAGUGGAUGUUGGGUCAAGCAGGUGCUGUCCAAACAGAUAUUGAAGAAAAUCCUCGUCCAAAGGUUAAAGAUGUUCUGUUCUCUCAGCUCAACUCUGAUGCAAAUGAUUGGUGAUGAAUGAAAAUGCAAUUUUUAAUGAUUAUUUCGUUAUGGCCUCAAGAAGACAAUUUUAAAAUUAUUUCAUGGAACCAAUUCCCGAUUACUAUGCAUUAUUUUAGUUCCAAGAACUAUCAAAUCAUUGUAUUGUGUGUAAUUCAUUUAUGACCUUUUCUAUGUUCAGUUUUUAUACAAUUUACGUGCUGUAAAUAAAUUUUGUUGAUGAAA